AUGUGGGCAUCGAAUGGAGGUCAUUUUGAAUUAGCACAAGAACUGUUGAAGAAUGGAGCUGAUGUGAAUAUUGUUAGUCAAAAUGGCGACACAGCAUUGAUACUGUCAUCAUAUGAAGGACAUCUGGAAUUAGUACAUGAAUUAUUGAUGAAUGGAGCAUGUGUGAAUGUGGUUAAUAAAUAUGGAGACACAGCAUUGAUAGAGGCAUCGCAUGAAGGACACCUGGAAAUAACACAAGAACUGUUGAAGAAUGGAGCAGAUGUGAAUGUGGUUAAUCAAAAUGGCGACACAGCAUUGAUGCGGGCAUCGCAUGAAGGAUAUUCUGAAAUUCUCGAAAUAACACAAGAACUGUUAAAGAAUGGAGCAGAUGUAAAUGUGGUUAAUAAAAAUGGCGACACAGCAUUGAUACGAGCAUCGUGUAAUGGACAUCUUGAAAUAACAAAAGAAUUGUUGAAGAAUGGUGCAGACGUAAAUGUGUUUAAUAAAAAUGGCGACACAGCAUUAAUACGGGCAUCGCAAGCAAGACAUCUUGAAAUAACACAAGAACUGUUGAAGAAUGAAGCAGAUGUAAAUGUGGGUAAUCAAAAUGGCGAGACAGUAUUAAUACUGACAUCACAUGAAAAAUAA